AGGAGGCGCAAGGUAAGUGCAUGUCGUGAAGGCGGCGGUGGCAGAAGCGGUGGAGGAGAGGAGAACACGGAAAGUGCUUGAGAAACAAAAGAAAAUAAGUUUGAUAUGGCUAAUGGAGUGAUUGAAAGCAUAGAGUUGGUGAGGAUCUUGAUGAUUUAGAUUAAUUUUUGCAAGGAUCUGUACGACAAGAUCCUUUGAUAUGUUCAUGUUGAUUUCAAGACGUGCAGUAGACAGCAAGUGUACGUGUUUUCGUGGCGAGACGUGAGAAACCAAGAUUGAAACUUGGAUGUUUGUAGGUCAGCUCAAGCAGCUGCUCGCAAGCUGCACAUUUCUUCUAGACUUCUUUCAGAGCAAAAGUAUGGUUGGUCGCAUAGCGAGCCGACUGCUCGUUCAUCCUUCGACAUGCCUGCACCGGGCUUCGGGGAUUCAAAGAAGUCUAAGUUUGCCACCCCACCUCCUGGAAGUGCUUGGGCACCUUUUGGGAUCAGAUCUGAUAGCAAGAACCCGCGUCACAUGAUCUCACACGAACAGCGAGUAAAGCAGAUCGAAGCUUGGAUGUUCUCGGAUCGAUUCAAGCGCACUUUCCGAAACUACAAUGGAGAGGACGUGGCUAGGCUUCGAGGAUCCGUGGAAUGGCCUCGCCCGGCGUCAUCCCUUACAGCCGCCAAGUUGUUCGAGCUUAUCAAGAGCCUCCGAGAGCAGGACAGAUGCACAGUGACGUUUGGAUGCCUGGAUGUCGCUCAGCUCACGCAGAUGGUUCAGUUUGCCGAGACCAUCUACGUGUCAGGUUGGCAGGCUUCCUCCCAUCACUCCACUCUCAUGGAGCCUGGCCCUGAUCUCGCCGAUUAUCCCUUCGACACUGUCCCUAAGCACGUGGAGAGAUUGUUCCGAGCUCAGCAGUUUCAUGACCGGAAACAAUUCGAAGCGCAAUGGACCAAGGGAAGCUUCGACAAGGGGAUCGAUUACCUCCGCCCUAUCAUCGCCGACGGAGACACCGGGCAUGGUGGCAUGACGGCCGUGAUGCGCCUCACCAAGUCCAUGGUGGAAUCCGGAGCGUCUGGGAUCCACUUCGAGGACCAGAAGCACGGAGCGAAGAAAUGCGGACACAUGGGAGGAAAGGUGCUGGUGUCCACAAGGGAGCACAUCGACCGUCUUAUGGCUGCCCGCCUGCAGUGCGACAUCCUCGGAGCAGACACCGUCCUUGUUGCGCGUACAGAUGCCGAAGCAGCCAAGCUGAUCGAAUCGAAUCAGGAUCCGAGGGAUCAUGUCUUCAUCCAGGGCACCACUGACCCCAAGGCGAAGCCUUACAGAAACGCAGAGUCACCUGCUGAGGUGGCGGCAUGGAAGGAGCAGCACCCAGUCAUGACGUACCAUAAAGCUGUGCUGCGGGAGCUCAAGGCCAAGGGCGCCGAGGAUUGGAAGUUGGAAAAGUGGAACAAAGAGAACUCCGCGUUCCCUGGCAUCGCACACGAGGACGCGCGGAUCCUUGCGAAGGAGCUGUUGGGAGGUCAGGACAUCUUCUGGUGCUGGGAGCUUCCUCGGACCCGAGAAGGCUACUUUGCCAUGCAGCCCGGCAUCGACAGCUGCAUCCAUCGCCUCCGACACUUCGCUCCUUACGCUGACAUCCUGUGGGCCGAGACCGCCAAGCCUAUCCUCGCCGACGCCCAGAAGCUCUCCAAGGGGCUCGAAGACGUGUAUGGGCAGGGCCAGAAGCCGUACCUCGCCUACAACCUCUCUCCUUCCUUCAACUGGGACGCGGCCGGCAUGACGGAUGCGGAGAUGCACAACUUCUGCAAGGAGCUCGGAAAGCUCGGGUUCGUGUGGCAGUUCGUGACCCUCGCAGGCUUCCACAUCUCCUCCCUUAGCGCCAACCGGCUAUGCCGCACCCUUGUGGAGGAGCAGUCGAUGCUCGGAUACGUGGAGGGUGUGCAGAGACCUGAGUCGGAGGAGGAAGUCGACACGCUGACGCACCAGAAGUGGUCGGGUGCUGAUCUCAUCGACCGAACGCUCCAGACGAUGUACGGUGUUGGUUUCUCUACCGCCAUCCAGGGUGAAGAAUGCACUGAGAAGCAGUUCGGUAAGAAGAGCGAGAAGUGAACGGGUGAGGAGGGGAGAUAGUAGAGUGUACGUGUGACAAAAUAAACCCUAAUAACUUC